GAGCCCAUAAACACAGCCUCUCUGUGCAUACACUGUCAGCCUCCUAGUGAUUCAACAAGGUAUAGUUAUAAGCUGCAGGGAAGUAGAAGUCGACCUCCUACGCUUCGUGCUUUAAUCUCAAAUACCAGAUGACUUGAAUGCAGUCGGUGGUUUAUCAUUUCAACUGACAGAAGAGAGAAAAGGGUAUUUCAGGAUAUUUCACAUCAUAUGCAGUGUAUAUGCUGUGUUGUAAGUCGAUUUCGCUUGCAAUUUCAGCUUAGACUGACUUGCACGUUGUCUCUCAAUUGAAAAACAUGGCGAUUUCAAUAAGAUGAGUCGAUGGUACAUGUUAUUAACAGGGACAGGGAAGCUACUGAUUGCUAGUAUUUACAAGAUCUAUCUCCGUUGCACGAUACAAUGUAGGUAUCUACCCAGCCAGAAGAUCGUCCAUGCUGCCUCCUGACUCAGAGGCGUUUCCACAGAGUGCACGGUCACACCAAUGGUCAGAUAAUACCCUAGGGAUAUCGGGGGCAAUUCUAAUGCUAUAAUACUCAUCAUACAGUGUUAGUCGUCGUCCGAUUCUGUCUGGAAGUAAUCGACCCCGUACAUUGUCUCCACGGACCCUGGUGUUCGUGGCACGUGUUUGAAAUGAUGAUUGCCUCGUAAUUAGAAAGCACACUGGCGACACGAAACCGCUCUCCUUGUGUGCCCAUUGGAUUGCAUACAGGAAAGACUGCUACAGUAAUUUAACGGCACAGUGAGACGCAGGUUGUUGCCUAUUCUAUAGAACAGAACCGUAGUGUGGAUAUAUGUGAAUAAAAGGGAUCUUUCCGACUCGGAUAUAUAAAAUACCGAUCGCUUAACAGAAGCACCGCGGGACAUUUGGAAUUGUCUCGACUUACAGAGACAUUUUAAAUGGUCGGCAUUUCAAAGAAUACCAGACAUCAGCAUGGGAAGACGCACACGUUUAUAUUGAUGUAAUGGUGCGUUGUUCUGAUUCAUAUAGAUAUACGACAGGGAUGGAAUACGUUUUCUAAACACACUUUGGAUAUUUCAGGGACAAAGGAGAUCGUGAGAACCCCCAAUGCUUUUGGAUCGAAGCUUAUUUUGAAGGCAUUCUGAAAUUCAGUGUAUUUAUCUGCGUGAAGCACGAGAUUUGUGUUUUAAUGCGGUGUUGGCAUUUGCUUGUACAGUGAACAAGAUUGACUUACUGCCUCAGCUGAGAAGAAAUACAGAGUCUGGAUUGCCAGCAACAGACCUUGGAGCUGGAAGUUUGGGUCCACGAGGUGACAAUAGUGCACACUGCCUUGAUCGUCAGCGUUUGUAGUGACUAAUUCUUAACCUGGAGAGUUCUGGUAUUGGUGUACAUAAUGUCUAUAGCGGUAUUCGUUAUUAUUAUCAUUAUGGCGACGUCGACGGCGAUUACUUCCGGAAACAGUCGAGGCAAUUAUUUCUACCAGACAGAAACUGGAAACACAACGACUGAUGGGACACGUGCACCUAACUAUACUAAUGUGAAUAUAAUAUCAACAGAAAGAGACAAAGAAAACCAGCAGAGGAAACAUCAAGGAGCCGUCCGUUUUGCCAAAAUCACACAAUCACUGACAACGUUAAAUUUAUUAUCAAAUUUUGAGAGGAACUGCUUCAAGCUAACAGAGAUAAGAAAGGUUUCAGAAAACAAAGGCAAGUUAUUGAAAGUCGAGUUAGUAUUCACGGAGCUUGAUAUUGUUGAUCAUUUCGAACCCUUUUCAAAGCCAACGGUUGACGUUCAAGAAACAUAUGACGUAAGCAACGCAUACCUCCUGGACUACGCCCAGGCGGGAGACAACAAUUUUACCAUAAGCAGCAGUUACGAUGACCAGAACAAAAAGUGUGAACAUGUACUUACAAACACGUAUAACGUAACGCUAGAUGUGUUGCCUGAUGGAGAUCUGGAUGAAACCGGAAAUGAAACCUUCCCAGAAUCCAAUGAAACGUCUAACGGGAACAAGGACAAAGAGGAAAGAUUGGCAGCACCACACCUAACUUCGACGCAGAUAAUGGUAAUAGCAGUUUGCUCCUCUGUGAUAGGACUUUUCUUCAUAGCCGCAUUGACAAUGAGAAUAAGAAACUAUUUCCGACGUCUUAGACGGGAGCAGGAGUUGGCAGAACGGCCCAGCUUUCGGGGCUACACGGUGGCUCUGAAACACGAACCAAAACGCCAUCGAGAGCACGGAUCAAGGUCAACACGCAAUAAACAUGGAGACGCUAUGAAUGGGGAAGAGCUAAGGUACCAUGCCCUUGGAGCUCACCACGCCGAAAGCGAUGGCAAUAUAUCGCCAUUACCCCGAGACUUAUCCCGCCAACGUGAACAUUGGCCGUUAGACCAUGCAAUUCCGCUCCGUCUGUCGUCCCCGGUUUUAGAACUGCAUCAGCCCUAUACAGACCUCCCCGUGUAUGUCAGGGAUAAGGAUGCUGCGACGAAAAAACAUGAUAAAGGUGAAAAGAACUCCCGUAAGCCAAGUGAAACUUUAACAACCAGCAAUCAACAAGAAAAAGACGAGACUCUCUGUCUGAAGCAGAAGCCAUUGUCGACCAAUUCUUUCACUAGCUGUGAUAUUCCCAUUAGUAACUCUAUAUCUGGAGAGUUUGCAGAUUAUAGUAGCAUCAUGUCAACGCCAUUCAACCAGUCAUUUAAAUCGAAAGCAUCAGCAUCUUAUAACAACAAUGAACAGCAGCACAAUUUUACGAACGGCGCGUGUGGCGGUUAUCAUGGCAACGGCGAAGCCGCUCUCGGCUCAGCACGGGCGCGUUCAGCCACAGAUUUGACGCAUUUACCACCGGAAGUAACGUUGGAUUAUGCAACCUCACCGGAAGUGACGGUUCCACAUAGUGAAAAACAGUCUUUAACGAUUGAGAAGCCACGUUGAGAAACUUAAUCUUGGUCAUAUUGAGAGCUUGAGGACUUUCUUCCCAAUGAUGAUUAGCUUACAAUGCAUCUAGACUAAAAUGUCUUUAAAUUCGUAGCAGAAAAACCAUAGACGUUCAAAAUGUUGGAAUCUAGAGUUAUUGAAAUCGUUUGUCCUCCAUCAGUACACGCAUACAGUACCUAUUCAAAAGCCACACCGCUGGAAAUAUUUAUCGGCUGUAGACGUUUCUCUCUUCCCUAUUUCAGUAUGUUUUAAUUAUACAGUCUAUCAGACUGGACAUAUAUCCAGAAUUCUUAAUGUCACUCUUCUUUGGUUUCCUAUUUAAAUUGUAUAUGUUGCGUCAGUAAUUUUUGACAGAAUUUUAUGAAGUAAAUGAGCGUUCCGUUUCAAUAGCAUGGAUGCGUAUAUUUUCCUACAUGUGAUCAGUAUAUGUUUCUAUAUAUAUUUGAGGGUUUUUCACAUUUUGCACGGUACAAGCCGAAUACUAAUAAAUGGAAUG